AUGGCGCCCGCUACGACUGCUGAUGAUCAGCCCGUGCUCGACGGUCCGCGGCCCUCGAAGAUGGUCAAACCGUCGCCGGACGAGAGCGUCGAGCAGCUGAAGCAGCAGAAGCAGCAUCAUCACGACUCCUCGUCCUCGCCUGGCUCGCCUGUCCGCCAGCCUGAGCCGGACCAGGUGCCGCAGCUGGCAGUCGACGACGAGGACGAGUUUGACGACAGCGACUCGGCCGUCGGAAGCGACAGCGAUGAACAUUCACUACAGAGCUUGACCUCUAGCAUCACUAGCUACGUCUACAGGAACGGACGGCGUUACGCCUCGUUCAGAGAAGGACGAUACUGUCUACCCAAUGAUGAAGUCAGUGUUCCCCUUCUUGUUGGUUGUGCUUUUCUAACAACCCCCAAGGCCGAGUCGGAUCGCCAUGACUUCCUGCAGCAUAUAUACGGCAUGCUCUUUGGCGGGCGGCUCAUCUUUGCGCCUAUAUCAGAGGAGCCAAAACGAAUACUCGAUGUCGGCACAGGCACAGACAGUGCAUAUCCAGCCACACACGUUAUAGGCACCGACAUCUCGCCCAUCCAGCCUACUUGCAAUUUGAUGCCUGGUGGGUAUGUGGAGGCUAAAGAGACCGACGUGUAUGCAACUUGCGACGACAAUUCCAUCCCUGAAGACUGUCAUCUUCGCCAGUGGGAGUCCAACUGUAUCAAAGCAUGCAGCCUCAUCGGACAGACCCUGACUGCACCAGAGAACGUCAAGAGAUGGAUGACGGACGCUGGCUUCGUAGACGUCAAGGAGGAACAGUUCAAACUGCCCAUCAACACCUGGCCCAAGGACCCAGAGCUUAAGCUAGCCGGUCGGUACCAGCAGGUUCAAUACUCGGAUGCUCUCCAGCCUUACGCUUUGGGGCUGCUCGUCGAAGUUCUCGGCUGGUCAAGGGAGGAGAUGGAGCUUUUCCUCGUCGGCCUGAGAAAGGACCUUGCCAAUCGUGCAUUCCACGGGUAUAACAUAGUCCGUGUCAUCACCGGCCGAAAGCCGGGAAUGGGAAAGAGAAAGUUCUCAGACACAGAGUAG